AUCGCUGCGGUUCGUGAGUCUUGAUUUAUUCGUCAGAGUCAGUUGGAUCUGCAAGCUUUUUCAGAAUUUCCUACGUUACUUCUUCUUAGCUGUUAUCAUUUCUGAGCAUCAUGACUGGACGCGGGAAAGGAGGCAAGGGACUCGGGAAAGGAGGCGCCAAGCGUCACCGAAAGGUGCUCCGCGAUAACAUCCAGGGUAUCACAAAGCCAGCUAUCCGCCGUUUGGCCCGUCGUGGUGGUGUCAAGCGUAUUUCCGGUCUCAUCUACGAAGAGACCCGUGGCGUCCUGAAAGUGUUCUUGGAGAACGUCAUUCGCGAUGCGGUCACCUACACCGAGCACGCCAAGAGAAAGACCGUCACCGCCAUGGACGUUGUCUACGCGCUGAAACGCCAGGGAAGAACCCUCUACGGAUUUGGUCUCUAAUUAAUUCUUUAUUUGAAUUAAUUCUUUAUUGUUGCGUUGCACAGUAGUUGUUAAUUGUUGAUCAUUUUAUGAGCUUAUUUGCUGUUGUAUACAGAUUUGUACAGUUGUGAGUUGAACGAUGAAAUUAUGUUGUCAUUUAGUGUGGACGUCGUUUGUGUUCGUUGAAGGUAGCAAGAUAACGGAAGCCAAAUAGUGAAAUAUUAAAAUGUGAAAUCAAUAAAAGAAAAAAGU